AUAUAUGAGGUGAAUAACAGCUCACUGUUCUCUUCUCGACUGACUGGUUACUUGAUCAGUUUUGUUUUUCUCCAAGUUCCGAGACACAGCAAUGGCUAGAAGACCGACCAUCUUCAUGUCAUGUGUGGCUUUCAUACUUCUCUUAAUAGCAGAAAUCCAGGCACUUAAUGCAGAAACAUCAGCAGGUCAACAAAAUGUACAAGCAGACCACCAAAUGAUUGAAAUGGUUGGAAGCAAUGCUUAUAAUCCUCCUUCUCAGCUUCUCUACUGGCAGUCAGCCUUACCAAAUACAACCAUGCCCAAACUUCUGAUGGAUCUUCUACUGCCACCUGGCUCUGCCUAUGACCCCAGAGGAAACAUAGAUGUUCGUCCUCACUCUAGUGUGGAUGCGACUUACUUCUUAGUAUCCGAUAUCCAACAAGAACGGACAGUGAAAAUGCUAUUCCCUAAAGCCAUGAACAUCACCAAAUUCUUACCACGCCAAGUUGCAGAAUCAAUACCCUUCUCAAGCACCAAGUUACCAGAAAUCUUUGCCCACUUUGCAAUCGACCCGAAAUCCUUGGAAGCCAAAACAAUGGAGAUAGUACUCAAAGACUGUGAACAACCAUUCCCAGAAGAGGAAGAGAGACGCUGUGUAACUUCGUUAGAAUCACUAGUUGAUUUUGUGGUUUCAAAGAUCGGCAACAAAGUGGAUGUUUAUGUGACAGAGGUAGAGAAUGAAGAGGCCCAAGAAUUCAUAAUUGGUAAGAAAACAGAGUUGAAAAAUGGAGAUGUGUCAGUGAUCUGUCACAAGGAGAACUUUGCUUAUGCAGUGUUUUACUGUCAUAAGAUCUAUGGCACAAAGGCUUAUUGGGUUCCAUUAAAGAAGGUUGGUGUUGAUGAUUAUGGUGCAAAAAUAUCGAAGAAUUUCGCAGUUGCUAUUUGUCACACUGAAACUUCAUCUUGGGAUCCCAAUAUUGUGCCGUUUCAGCAGCUUAAAGUAAAGCCUGGAACUGCUUUUUGCCAUUUCAUCCGCAGUGACACCCUUCUCGUGACGGUUGCUAAUAAGUAAUAUUAGAACAAAUCGCAAUGUUGGUUUCUCCAAUCGUAGUAAAAUUAUAUUAUCCUAUAUAUAUAUAUAUUGGUGCUUCAAAUGGCCAAAAUACAAAAAUAAAAGGCUAUGGCUUCUGAGAUCAUGUGCAAAGUUUGAGGUGUAUGGAUUUGUUGGAUAUGUAUGGUGUGUGAAGUGUUGGAUGAUAUCAUAUUGUUUGUAAGACUUUGAUAUCCUAAUUUCCUAAUAUAAUAUUACUGGGUUGUCUUAGAACCAAA